CUAAUCUUUACCAUGAAGCAUGGAAAGAUCUUACCACUGAUAUACAUCUAAUACAUCUACAAUUGCACAUCCUUUGUCGAGAUAAUCCCAACGCCAUGUCCUCAUCAACCGGCGUCUAUCGCUCAGAACCUGCAUCCCCUGUUCUUGCUCAUUCCAUGCUCUCCCCGUCUCCUCCAAGCACGAGCACGGGAAAUCAAUCACAGCCAAGCCACGACAGUGCGAAUAGCUGGAACUUACGAUCUGAUCUCGAGAAAGGCAUUGAGUGCUCUACGGAUUCCGUCGUUCGCACCGGGACGGUCAUCGGUCUAUCGAGAGUUCGAACGAGAAAUAGAGACGAUUACAGUGAAUCUAUCGGACAGCUUGCUCGAGAUCUACUAUGCAAACAUCUCCAACAACAACCCUCACCAAGUACUAGCAUCAACAUCCCAACAGCCUUCAUCAUUCAUCCCAUAAACUUCCCCACCUUCACCCCCGAAGUCCUCCUCGCCUCCCUUCUCUCCACCACCACAACCCCAAUCCUAUCCCGAGAAAAGGCAAUCCGCCACCUCGACUCGGUCCGGUUACUCCCCGUCUUCGACCUCACCACAGCCGCACAAUCUAUUACAAAGGUCUCCACGACACUAGACGAAAUCAAAGCCCAAAGAAACCCCCCAAAAAAGGAAGUCUAUCCCGUUCUGCUGAUCAUAGCAGGCCUCGAUUCCCUGACUGAGGCAGUCAUUCGGUCCUCGAAUCCCGUCAAGGGUACGGCUAUGCUUGCUGCCGUGCUGCGUAGUUUGACGAGGUUGACGAGGGUUCAUUCUUCGUUUCUUUCGGUGUUGCUUGUUAAUGUUUCUGGGGUUGGGGGUGUGGGGGUUUCUUAUUCUUCUACUUUGCAGAUAGCGAAAGAUAGGGGGACUACUGCUGCUGCUGGUGCUGCUGCUGCUGGUGCUGCUGCUGCUUCUAGCAGUGAUUGUGGUGUUCAGUCCAUGUUUCAUCCUGGGAUGGCGCUGUUUCCUAGUCUUUUGCUGAGGACGUUGGAUCAGGGGGUUGAUACGCAUCUUUUGAUGUCGACGGUGCAGAAUGUGCGGGUUGUCGAGGUCAUUAAGGAUCGGGGAGGUGGUGGGACUGGGAAGUGGUGUGUUUGGGAUGUGUGA